AUGAAAGACAAUGAAGAUGGAUUUGUGGAAAUUGAAAAAGUAGAUUCAGCUACAGAACAAUUCCAUCAACAACAGGAACAACAACCUGUCAUGCCCUCCAUUUACACAACCCUCACCAAGCAACAAAUGUUUCAAAAUAUUACAAAAAGUUUUCGUGGAGAAGAAUCAUUUGCUACCGAUCAACCACAAGAGUUUCAACCAUUAGAUAAUUUAUCCUCUCGACUUCGGUGUACUUCACUCGAUUGCAUUGAAUUGGGAAAUUUUGUUGGAAAAGGGGGAGAAGGAAGAGUUUACUCUGGACGGUGGAAAAAGUCGCAAGUGGCCAUCAAAGUAAUUUCGCAUCCAUACAUGACAAAAACACUCGCUAAUCAUCUCGAUCUCAUUAUGAACAUUUCGAAUAGUUAUUGCAUUCCACAUCAUGCCUAUACGUAUGAUUCUGAUAAUUCAAAACUUUAUAUUAUUAUGGAAAAGAUGGAUUGCAGUUUGUGGGAAUUUAUCAUUGAAAAUAAGAAGCGCCUGAGUGUGAAAGAAAAAAUUGAAAUUUUUUUGUGCAUUUCGAAGGGAAUGUUUUAUUUACAUGACAUGAAACCUCCUAUUUUGCAUUUGGAUUUAAAGUUGGAAAAUAUUUUAAUGAAUGUUGGACAGAAUGGAAAGCCAAGUCACGUGAAAUUGACAGAUUUUGGUCUUGCUCAAUUUAAAACGACAGAUUUAUUGGUGUUGGAUUCUCCUUUGGGGACAUUACGGGCGAUUAGUCCUGAAAUUUUGAGGAAUGGAGAAUGUUCUGAAAAGUGUGACGUGUAUUCGUUCGGAAUUCUCAUGUAUGAAUUAUUAUUUUCCAAAGUUGCCUAUGUGGACGAAGACGACUCCGUUGAUGGCAAUGAAAUGAUUUUAAUGGCAGUGGCCAAUCAAAACAGAAGACCUAAAAUUCCACUCAUUCACGACAAGUAUUGUGACAAUGAACAAGAACUUCCUUUAUUUGAGGAAUUGUUGGAUUUGAUGCAAAAGUGUUGGAACAACUCUCCAAGCGAAAGACCAAGCUUUGAUGACAUUACCUCAACUCUUGAGAAGUUGUUGCUUUAA